AUGAGGCGCGCGGAGCCGAGCGGAGAUGGGGCGAUGGCCCCCGAGCAUCAACGCUCCUACAUGCGCGGCUCUCUGUAUGCCAAUGCACCAAACGCCAAGUAUCCCCCUCCAUCCACGGCCGUCCCAUCAACCGCCCCACCACCCUCGGACGAGGACGACUUCGAGGUGGCAUCGCAAUCCGAACCCCCUUCCAACGGCUGGUGGCAGCUCUACGAGAGGCAGCGAAGGGAGGACGCGAUCUGGGAACCGCCCUUGGUCAUCGGCCGGUCACUGGGCGAGAAUCUGAGUGAAUGGCAGGUGGCGUGUCGCACAGUAAAGCAGUGGGAAGCCAUUCUCGAACAUCACAUUGCCCAAAAUGUCGACCGGGCUGCGUUGACAGCGGUGUUGGAGGAGCUUAAGCUCGCUCGUACGAGGCUUCAUGAGCUACCCGUCAAUGAGAAAACUGUCACGCCAAUGUACGAACUCGAAGCAACAUCGAAUCAGGCGAUACAAGACCGGUUGGAAAUUCUCCACCGCGCUCACAGCUCAAGCCGCUUCCCUCCCGAAGCGCGCAACAUCGCCGCAGCCAUCCACGCCUACGAGAGCGGCGAGAUCCAGUACUGGGACAAGUACACGGUCAUCUGGAACGGCGAGAUCGCCGGGUACUUCCCAAAGUACCGCUCCUUCAGCGAGAACCGAGCCCGUCUCGUCGCAGACUUUGCCGAGAGCUAUGGCCCGGGCUGGCUGUGGUACGAGGAACCUCUUCAGCCAAGCUCGAUGCCGACCACGCUCGAGGGGACCGGACCCACUGCUCCCGCAACGGCUAUGAGGGCAACAGCAACCGUCAUGGAGGACCGCUUGGGCUACGGCUUCGGAUCCUGGACCAUCACCAUGGGAUUUCGGCGGCUCAAACCCUACGUCUCCAAGGGGGCGACGGGCGAGGAUGCGGCGGAAGGACAAGACUGCAACGAGGGUCGCGUCCCUUACAAGUCUCGGUUCGCCGAGGAUUUGCACCUGGAGCCAGACGAGACCGUUCCCCAGAUUCAUUUUGACGUCCUUCUCGACUCCGGGUCAACCUACCCAAUCCUAUACCAGAGUGAUCUAGUCCACUUAGGCAUCAGCCCAGACUCGUACGCCGCGCAGUCCGUGACAAGAGUGGCCACCGUGAACGGCAACAUCGACAUGGCCCUCUACGAGAUGCUGGCCUCCGUCACCGACAUAAACUGCAGCUCCCUCGUGGACGAGAACCGCGCCGUGUGGCCGUCGGAACCCGCCAUGCUCGGCAACGUGCGGAGCCCCGUUAGAAACCGGGCAAACGGGUGCGGUAGGCUCUCGGGGAUGCUGCCCUUCAUCUCGUGCUACCUCACGGCCGCGCCAGGGACCGGCGUCAUCUGGAUGGGCGAAGACAGGGGCGAGGUCCUGGGCGUUGACAAGUUCCCCGGCCAGCUGUCUUACAGUUCCAAGACCAAACCCGCGGCGGCCGAAAGGCUACGAAGGUUGGCGGAAGGCGGGGCGAUGAUUGGUGUCCACUUUGAACAAACGGUGCCCCAAGGUGGUAGCAUCACUGACCAGGACACCGAGUUCGGGUCGAGCACGCUCACGAGGUACGAUGCCAACGGCGAGGUGAUGGAGACGGUCAUUGUCGAUCCAACAGGCCGGGGCGAGGCAGAACGUGGCCAUAUUUGA